UGGUGGAAAGGAUGUUGGGUGUGAUUUGGGGGGGGGAUGUGCUUCGAAAGCUCAAUGCAUGUUCGUUAUCGGAAAAAGAGGCAGGGGGAGUCGAACUGCUAGUAGAUGAUGUAAAAGCGGGUGUCGAAGAAUGUGAAGGAAGUCUAUUUGGUAAAGUCGUAGGGGAUAGACCGGCGAGUAUAAUGGGGAUCAAACAUGCUAUGAGUAGCAUCUGGAAACUUCAGCAGGCGAUGGAGGUGAAGAAAAUCAGUUCUAAUUUUUUUCAAUUCCUAUUUACAUCAAUGGAGGAUAAAGCAAAGGUGGUGGCAGGAAAUAAUUGGCUCUUCGAGAACCAGUAUCUUGUUUUAACGGAGAGGUUUCCUGGUCUUCACAGUUCUCACUCGUGUUUUGAGGAAAUCAACAUUUGGGUCCAGGUGCAAAAUGUCCCUCUGAACUGGAUGUGCACGGAGGUGGGGAUGAGAAUAGGCCAGAUUUUCAAUAGAGUGAAGAAUGUGGUUGUUUGUAAAGUGGGAGGAGAAGUGGGGAGCUUCAUCAAAAUUCUUGCUGUUUUGAGUCUAAGAGAGCCUAUUCCAAGAUGCACAGUUGUUAAGCUGGGAGACCAACGCAUUACGGUUGUAUUCAGAUAUGAGAGGCUGGUCAACUUGUGUCAUUAUUGUGGGAUGAUCGGGCAUUUGGACAGGGGCUGUAAGCGCAGGGCUGAGGAUAUUGAAAAAGGGCCACUGAAGGAAGGUCAAUUUGGAGAAUGGCUGAAAGCAAAAGAGACUUACCAUGGGGGAAGAACUUUCCAGGCUAGUAGUUCAGGGGAAAAAAGUGCCCCUCCUCAACAAAAUUCAAAUCAAGAUUCCAUUGUCUUUGCAAAUGAAUCCCCUAUCAAAAAUGCUCAAUCUGCUGUUGAGGUGUGUAAGGACAAUCCAGGAAAUGAGAGAAGUGAGUUUGGAGCAGCAGAGGCCCACAGUCAGAUGCCAGUGGGCCUAGAGAUUGUGCCUGCGCAAGUGGAACCUACUCCAACAGUUAUUAUGACCUUGGGGGAGAAGAUGGAAUUCCCUAUGGAAGUUGAACAACAAGGAGUGA